GAGGUGGAAAAUAAGGUGGAAAAUGGGAUGGAAAAUGAGUUGCAUGAAAUGCCAGGUAUGAUAAUAUAAGUUUGAGUGGCAUUUUGCUCCAUGGUUAUGUUUUUUUUUUUUCCUUUUUUUGCAAGUUAUGAAUUGAGACUUAGGAAUACUGUUAUUAUGCCUUGGUAAUUUUUUUCUUGCUCAUCUCCCAAAAUAUAGAAACAUUAUAUAUGUGCAUCAUGUUUUCUUAAUGUUACUGAUUUUUUUCCCUUUAUUAUUCUGCACACCCUGGACUUUUUUUGAUCUUGCUAUUGUAGAAUGUUUUUAACCUGGUAGGUUAUCUAAGUGUUGAGAUGCUGAAAAUGAUCAUUAUACUAGAUUUGCAAUAAUCAUAAGUUAAUACAUGACAUAAAUUGAAUUAUGAUUUUUGUAUCAUGGAAUAUUUUAAUUUUUUUGGUUAUUGUGACUAUGAUUUCUAUUUUUUUUCUUCAUUUUCUUUCUAACUACAUUUGUUUUUACAGAAGAUGCUUGUGAGAAAAGAACUAGAGGUCCUACUUAUAUGGCACGUGUUUGGGUAAGGAAAGAUCGUAAAGAAGUUGAGUUCAAUGAAUUAGGACAAGCUAUUGGUCCAAAUAAAAGUGAAUAUGUUGAGUUCAUUGGUACUUUAGUUAGAAAUGGUAAAUUAAUUCCACUCAACAUCAAAGAUUGGCAUAAUGUCCCAAACUCGUACAAGAGCAAAUUAUUGGAUUUAGUUAAGGUAAUGCUAAGCAAUAUUCGUACAAAAAAAUAUGAAAUUGAUUUAUUUUGUCAAGAUAUUAUUUUAUUAAACUGCUAAUUGCAAUGGAUAUCUAGGAAAAAAUUUGUGGUUCGUCCAACCUUGAAAAUCACACUUUGACGAAUUUGGCGAGAAGUUGGAGGAAUUGGAAGAAUAGAGUGAAGACAAAAUUCUUCGAUAAAAACUUAUCUUUGGAACAAAACUUGCGUAAACGACCUGAUUUGGACGAUGAGAGGGUCUUCAUUGAUCAAUGGAAGGAAUUAGUGAUUUAUUGGAGCAGUGAUGCAGCACAGAAAUUAAGUGAACAAAACAAAGAUAUCAGGCAAAACAAGACCAUGAAUCACAUUACUGGCAAACGAAGUUUUGCUCAAGUGAGAGACAAGAUGAAGGUUAGUUAAUUUGUUGCAAAUAUAUUCAUUAAAUUUAUACUUCUGGACUUCAAUAAUGUACUUACCCACAUAAUAUCUAUAUUUUGUAGAAGGAGUUAGUAGCAUCAGAAAAUAGAAAUGAUAGCAGUGAAAGAAUGGAUGAUGAAAUAGAUGUUGAUGAAACAAGUGACAAUGAUGAAGCAGAUGACAAUGUCGAACCAUCAAGAAUGGAUCUUUUUGCAAAGUGUUAUACUAAAAAUGGGGAGACGUCUAAUCCGAAGAUAGCCGAUUCUUUGGUCGGAGCAAAAGUAUGUCUGAAAAGUAUAUCGGAACCAUCCAAAACUGUGGCUAUUGGAAACAUUCAAAGUUUAGAUUCAUCAAAAAAAGUAGGAGAAGUGCGUUUGGGACCAAGAUGGUGUGAGGUUCAUAUUAAUGUAGGAGUUGACCCUGAUGAGCUAUUAAUUCGACGCAUUUCAAAUUUUAAAACUAUCGGAGAGGCUAUUGGAUUGACGGUUGCUUGGCCACAAUCUUUGGUAACGAUCUCUUAUAUAUCUCAUCAAAACUUAACUACGAGUCGUUUCUUUUGAACUGAAUUAAUAUUUGGUAAUGUUAAUAGGUUACUUUGGACUCAUAAAAGAAUUUGAAGACAAUUGCGUACGAUCGAUGAUCAAGCUAGCUAUACUUUUGAAUCUAUUUUGAAGGCAGUUUAUAUUUAAGAAAUUUGUCAUCAACUUAGUUUAUUCUUUGAAGUUCAUUUUUUUUUUGGAAAUUGGAGUUGAACUACUAUGGACCUGUGAAGUGUACAGGAGAUUGUUUGAGAUGGUUUGAGAUUGAAUACUUGGAUGUUGGGAUCUUGCUACUUAAAUAUUAUUGUCAGCUUUGAGACAUUAAAUUAAAUGGCUUCAGUUUGAUUGUGUUUAU